AUGAAUUGGUGGUGUUACAUCGUGCUAUUAUUUGAUUUUCUAACAGCUGUUUACGCUCUUAAAUGUUACCAGUGUAAUGGUUGGCACGGAGAUUAUCCACUGAGAUAUUCUACCGCUGCAACAUGUGACAAUCGAAAUAACCAAUGCGAAACCCCACAAUAUUGUGUGAAAAUCGUCGAUCCAAUGUCGCCGGGAGUCAACUACGUCACGUACAAAAGCGAUUGCUUCUACCAAACCCAAAUUCAAGUCAAUCCAACCAAUUUGAGUUUUGUCCAGGGAAAAGUUUGUUUUCCUUAUCAAGACGGGUCGGCUCCAGUUAAACGGUGGUAUUAUUGCUUCUGCAAUGACAAGGAUUAUUGUAACUCUUCUCCCAACUUCUCAAUGUGCGUUAUUGCCUCUUUUUUAUUAAUAAUCAUUGCAUUUUCAAAAUAA